AAAUAAAAAAAACAAGAAUGUUAAGGUGAAGUCUGCAAUGCGACGGCGUGAAACCAUCGUUGGCGGCAGCGGCGGGGGCGGCGUCCGGUGUUGGCGGCGCCUCGACCGUCCACGCGCUCCUUAGUGGUGCGCCCGCUCCGUGCUGGCGAGACGGUAUGCGUCAACGUAAUGACACCCUAAUUGCAAGCGCUUGCAAAACUCGUGUGCGUAGAAUCGCAUUCAUUUCGGUUGUCUUAAAUUAACUCCAACAACAAUCAUGAUAAACCUUCGUAAAAUUUGCUAUAACAUCUAAUAAUAUACUAAAUACUAAACACAGUGUGCAGUGGUCAAACAAUCAAUCAAACCGAAGGAAAUUCCCAGAGAUUUGUAGCAAUUGUACAAUAUACCUGCCAUGCUCUGUAAUUGCGAUGAGGAGGCAAUAAACGCACCGCAUGCAUCACAAAAGGACAUACGUCACUCAUGACUACUUUGGGAAAGUACUGUGAUGGCGGCCAUACGUGCAGCCCGCCGAAGGACUGCUGCAAGCAGGGUUGCUGCUACCCAGCGGAUUCAGUAUUCCGCGCCGGUGGCUACACCGUGGGCACCGCCAACGCCGGCGGUGGCGGUAGCAGCAUCCACCUGCCCGCCAACAACAUGGUGUCGCUGGUCAUCGGCCACUGGUACUUCUGGGCGGCGACCACCGCCACCCUGUUGGGAAUCCUCUGCGCGUGUUCAUUGUGGCGCCGGCAGAGCACCGCCUCCUUCACGGGCGCAUCAUUAUGCUGCGGAGAUGUGGGCGGAAGUGGGCGUGUCGGCGAUGAGCAUCAUUCGGAACCAGAUUCGAAUGGGUCAUGCUACGCGCCGCCGCAGUACAGUCGAUGCGGUAGUUUUCAUCAGGCGCCGCCCCCGUAUUCGGAGGUCACCUCCAAACCGGAUCUCUACCCGCUUGUCAUCAGCUACAAUGGUGACGCUGUCGUGAAGUCCAACGGUACCUCAACCGGGUAUCUGAUGGUGCAGUAUUUUAGAAAUUUUAUUGUUAGACCCGUAGGAACGUUAUCUGCAACUAGCACAAUCGACUCGUUAAGCUCUAGUUUCAUAUGCAACGCCGCCAAUGAGGCGAACAACAUCAUACCGCCGCCCUACUCGUGCACAGGCAGCCUGGAAGAAGUCUCGGUAGUCGUCGGCGGUCCGCCGCCCCAGCAACAGCAACCCCAGUCCAAUACGCAUCAAGCGCGUAAUUCAACAUCUUCUCCGGUGCCAGCACCCACCCCACCACCGCCCCCAAUCGGCGCCAUUCUUGGUGUAAGUCCCUCCGCGUCACUGCAGCAGUUUUUAAACUCGCCGCGGCAAGAAGUCGUCGAUCUCACCGAUUUUGUAAAUCGGGCGUCAUCCACCGACGAUCCACCUGCGUCCAAUCUUAGCACCAACAAAGAGGAACCUCCUGAGAGUGUUGAACCCGCAGUAAAACUGAAGAAACGCGAGGUACGUCUGCGUGAUAAAUUCAAACCCAGGCAUCAAGCUUCAGUUGAGUCUGAAAGCGAUCCGGAGCACAACUUUUCCGAUUUGUUGAAUUUAUCGGUGUGUGCACCCUCGAGCCUCGUCGCGUCUAGUGUGGUGAUAAACGCACAGAGCAAUCCACAAAUGGAUAUGAUUUACAACAGCGUUACGAAUAGUAUGACAAGUUCAGAUAUAAGCAGUCUGGCAAAUCUGGGCACGCCGGAUUCCCCGCCACGUGCGACCAGUCCCACGCUGGAGAUGCGUGAGUUACUGGAUAAAAUUCAACAAUUGCCCGCGCAGCAUAAAAGCCCGGUGAGUGCGGAGGCGCCUGCACCAAAGUUAAAACACUACUUUAAUCGCUCCAAGGCGAAAACGUUGUACAUGCCGUUAACGUCCAGCUCGGCGGUAGGCGGUGCCGGAAAAGAGGAAAAACGCCGUAGUUGGUUCCCGCGUUCCGCGCCGACCACGCCUUGCGGAUGUUUCACGCCCAAUUUCCCAACUGCACACCACGAAGGCAACGGGGGCGUUACCUCAAAACGCAGCGGAAGUCAAAAGGGCAGUCGUAGUAAACUCUACGAUGGUAGUCCAUUAUUACGUGAGCAUGAUGAAAGCGAUGAAGAGAAUGAUCGUUCGUGAUUUUUCAUAACAAUUAUUAACAAUUCGUACAAUAACAGAGCGCACGCGGCUAAAACUACAAUGAUGAUGAUGAAGAACUAAGAGCGAACCUGAUGUUGUUUAAAAAAGUGUACUUAUUAUACCGCUACAAAUACCGCGUAAAACUAAACUUAAUCGUAAAAACGUUGACAAGCCGACAGAGAUGUACACGACAAGAAUGUAAAACACUCGCGACCUAUUUUUGAAUACUUCUACAAAAUCAAUUACACUGUUACACUUUCAAAACACUUGGUAUAGGAAGACAAGAGAACCCAGAAAAUAUUGUGCUAGGUUUAAAAAGCAGGAACCCCGUGCUUUCGAUGUCAAAAUGAUUGAUUUGGCGUUUUUAAACCUAGCAUCCUCGUACGAUACGUAUUAUACACGAUACAACAACAAAAAAAUAACAAGCGCUUUGCUAGAGUUUAAAUGUAAAUGGUCAAAUGUACGAUUAAACAAUCCGUCGCGUCUAGUUUAAGCCAACUUACGCCAUUAAUUCUUAAGUGAUUCUCUAAGGAUAGAUCCCGCGCCGGCCCUAUAUAUAUAUUCUUACAUAACUAAUAUAUUGAAUAUAUAUAUAUAUAUUAUAUUAUAUAUUGAAUGCUAAAGAGAUUGUUUAUAUAGUUCGCAAAGAUAUACCAAGUAAACCGCAAAUUCCAAACAAAUCCAACGCAUUGAAAUAUUAUUUAAAAAUCGGAGUGCCAACUCCUAACCGGAGAGUUUUAUGUGAAAGUUGAUGUACAAGAAAUCAGGGAUGACAAGAUAAGACAAUUGUUUCAAAUUGAUUGCAUUGUGACUUUGCGAUUCGGAUCAGUCGAUCCCAAUUUCCACUUAAUUGACUUUAGCGCUGUAAUUGUAAUUUUUUCAUACGGAUUCAAAAUAAAUUGUUCGGAUUA